AUGGCGGUCGAAACCAAGGAGCAAGUGGUGCCUGAUCGCGAAGAAUUACUAAAAAGGUUUAUCGAGUCGUGUUCGCAAAAAGGCCUCUUAGCUCGACCAGAUAGCUUAGAAGAAAGAGAUUCCGCCGAGGGAUUGUUAGACCAGCCGACCCUUUUGCGCUUUUUAACCGCCCGCAAAUUUGACCACGAUGAGGCGAUCAAACAUUUCGAGGAAGUCAAACGAUUUCGCGAGGAAAAUCAAAUCAUCAGACUUUACGACUUGGUUCAAGUCGCCGAUUUUGAGAAUGCGCGUCGAUUAUACUUUCAUUGGACUGGUCGCAGAGACAAGAAGGGUCUACCUCUCUGCUUCUACGACCUUGACUAUCUCACCAAAGAUGUUAUUGCCGGUUGGGAAAAGACACGCACAGUUGCGCAAUGGAAAUACUCGCAGUCCGAUACGAAGCCCCCCAGUCCUAACAUGCUCCAACUGGCCGCAGCCUAUGUGGAUAGCGUGAGUCGGUUUGUUAUUCCCUUGUGCUCUAUGAUGCCAGAUAGACCGGAGAAAUCGACCCCCAUCACCAGCUCAUUAUACCUGGUGGACGCGACAAACAUGGGACUGAAGCAAGCAUGGAGCGCGAAAAAUUUGAUACAGGAUAUCAGUUGGCUAUUGAGCACGUGUUUUCCAGAAAGUAUUGAUAAGGUGCUUGUAUGCAAUUCUCCUUCGUACUUUCCGACGAUUUGGAAAUACUUGAAGCCCUACGUCGACCCAUUUACAGCAGAGAAGAUUGUCUUCCUGCUCCGAUCAGAAGUCCUGCCUACGCUGCGGGAGUAUAUCGAUGAUGCCAAUAUCCCUGCACAGUUUGGCGGAGCCCAUUCAUUCACUCAUGGUCAGCUGCCAGAUCUCGAAGAUGAGAUUAAAAAGUGUUUGGGGCUGCAAGAAGGUACCACACAACUGCCCCCAGGACCUAUCAAGUGGAUUGAAGAAGCGGAUGGAAGGAAGUCGGCCCUGGCCGUUGGUAGUGAGGCUGGCUCGGAGAGGAAUCACCGGGUCGCAACAAUGGACAGUCGGCAGUGA